GCGACGUUUCGAUGUGGAUCAUCAUGAAGUCCAUGAUGCUUCUCUGGAUGUCCACAGCACAGAUCGCGUGGUGCUGCCGCAUCUUCGGAUCGGACACAGGGGAAUGCAAGGAACAAUCUGACUUCCUACAGUACAUGCCGUUCUGCGGCCCCAUCCUUCCAUACACAACGUGCGUGCCUCGCGCACAAACGUUAUGGUACAACCACAGCGUCAAGUCCAAGGAUCUGUUCCUCGCGCAGAUGUUCAAGAAGAUCGUUGUCCAGCGGCAGUUGUAUGAAGCUGACGUGGCGAUGCAGAGCGCAGGUGUGGACGAGUGGGGGGGUCUUGGCGAGAUCGUUCCGCGGUACACCGAGAACAAGGACUGUCAGGACGCCUUUCGGAACUACAUGUGCUGGCUUAACUUUCCCCGAUGCGACGACGCCGGUCGAAGUUUGGUACUCUGUCGCAGCGUGUGCGAAAACUUCUUCAAAGCGUGCAUGCAACCCAAAGACUUGUGGCGCUGUGGGCAACCGCAAUACGUUGACGGGUACACUGCCGAAAUCAGCACCAGUGCCAACAUGGCCGGCGUGCUCCAAUACUACCGCGCCCCGUUUCCAGGCUCGCCAUUCCGAGAUAACGCGUUCACAGCGGAUAAGUUGGAGGCUUUGGCCGUGUGCACCCCCAGUCUGCUCAACGCUGCCAGUCGGGUUUCUUGCUCUAGUCUUGUGGUUUGUGUUUUAAGCUGGGUCUUAUGCCAGUUUUAAUAAGGUCGGUCUUAUUGGACGGGGCACUGCUCGGUCUUAUCUUUGUCGCUUUCUUCGUGGAACAAUGGACUGGUGGCGGGAGGAGACAGGUGUUGCUGCUGCUCGUGCUGCGAUGGCUUGCGUAAGUCUGACGGCGCGUCGCCCAGGACCUAAGUGUCAAACAGUUAUGAACACUACUACAGUAAACAAAUGAUAGGAUGAAUAGUAGGCAGUUUGUCCACCAAUCAAAACACAGAAUCAACGGACCAAUCAAAACCCUCGAAUUUCUGCUUCAACGUCGAAUUUGUAUAUAUAAUCAUUCAUUCGUGAGACACUGGACAUUAAGCCAGUACAAAACACUCUAAUUUGUGGCUACCAAAACCUUUGAAUUUUUUCAAACAAAUAAUAUUUUAAAUAAAUAUAUUCGAAACCAACGUGGAAUUUAUAAUAAUAUAUAUAUAUAUUCCUGCAACGAUAUACAAACACUCUUGAAUAUAGCUAUAGAACCUAAAAUAAAGUAUUUUAAAGCAGGGUCUAUAGAUAGUGGUAAAAAAAAUUAUUACAAAAUAUUAAUUUUUAAAAAAAUAUUACUAUAUCCAAUAACACAUCGUACCGCCGGC